AUGGCGAGUCGGGUUAAGGAGGACGAGAAAAAUGAGAGACUAAUCAGGGGGCUUCUCAAGCUUCCGGACAAUCGGAGAUGCAUCAACUGUAACAGUCUGGGACCGCAAUAUGUUUGCACGAAUUUCUGGACAUUUGUCUGCACAACCUGUAGUGGAAUUCACCGGGAGUUUACUCACAGAGUAAAAUCAAUAUCGAUGGCUAAAUUCACCUCCCAAGAAGUUGCUGCGCUUCAGGAAGGUGGAAACAAGCACGCAAGAGAAGUUCUUCUGAAAGACUGGGAUGCUCAGCGUAACUCUUCACCUGACAGCAGUAAUGUGGAUAGACUUCGGGACUUCAUUAAGCACGUGUAUGUUGAUAAAAGGUAUACGGGUGAUAAGAACUAUGGCAAACCUCCAAUAAUGAAGACGGGUGACAGAGAAGAUGUGGGCUCCCGGAGUCCACCAUACGAGGAUGUCUAUGACCGUCGCUCCAAUGAAAGGUCUAGUCCGGGUGGAAGAAGUGAUGACAAAAACUACAGAUAUGGUUAUGAUGAGAGGAGAAGCCCUGGAUAUGAUCAAGAAGGUAGACAGUACAAUGAUUACAGGAAAAGUCCCGCUCGACCAGAGGUUAUCAACGAUUGGCGUCGGGAGGAUAGAUUUGGAAGUGGAAGGAAAGGUGAGGAUCGUAGAAUAUCUGAUGGAGAUUCGAAAUUGGGAGGCCGGUCACCUGAGCGGCCAAAUGAUGUUGGGGGAUCUAGCCCCCCUGUGGUUCGGCCCGUUCGAGAAAUUUUGGGUGAUAGUGUAGUGCCUCUUCGUAUAAGUGAACCACCUAAAGCUAAUGCAGCAAGGGCUGCUGAUGGGUUUGUGGCGACGCAGAGAACUGCCUCUUCAAGCAGCCUUGGGUCUAUGCCUGAGACCCCUGCAGAAGUAAAAGUUGAACCUGCACCAAGCUUAAUCGAUUUUGACUCUGAUCCUGCUCCUGUUGCUGUCGCGGCUGCUCCCCAAGCACAACCGACAACUUCAACUCUACCUGCUCCACCAACUUCAGCUGUGAGCAAUGACAAUAACUGGGCGUCUUUUGAUUUUGCCCCUGCUCCUAAAGCUUCUGAGGCUCCUGUAAACGCCAGUCCGCUGGAUUCUGUUUUAUCUCAGUUGUCAGCUACACCAUCUGUACCCGGUCCCGCACAAAUUAUUCCUAAUGGUACUGGUACAAUGCCUGUGACUGGCAAUGGUGGUAAUGCCCCUGUUCCGGAGGCUGGGCAAUGGGCCACCGCACAGCAUCAACAACCUUCUUUGACCCCUGCUCAAUCUCCCACUCAACAAUUUCCAGCCGUUGGCAAUCAUCCUUGGAAUUCGUCACUACCCCCUAAUGUACAAGCAACUCUGAAUACAACUCCUGGAGGAGGAACAGUUCCGGGUCCUACAUCUGCACAGCCUUCAACAGCUACUGGAAGGAAAGAAUUACCUUCGGAUCUUUUCACUGCAACAUAUCCUUAUUUCCCUGCAAUGGCUCCAGGGUGGCAAACAGGUCCACCUGGUGGUAUGAUGUACCCUAUGCAGUAUGCUAAUGUGCCAGCCCCUAUGCAAUAUGCUAAUGUUCCAGCUCAUAUGCAAUAUAAUAGUGCUGCUGCGCCUAUGCCCACUUUCGUCCAGCAACCCUCGAAAUCAUCAAAUCCAUUUGAUGUGAAUGAGCCAACACCAGCUCAGGCCCAACUUUUUCCUAAUAUGUCAUCCUUGCAAAGUGCUAUACCAAAUGUGGCGCCGCAUUCAGGACUACAACGCGCUUCAAGUCUUGAUAACUCUUCACCAGCAACCUGGAUGCCAAACCAGCCAUCACCUUAUCAAUCAGGAUUGCAUACCCAGUUACAAUCUUACGCAACUACAGCGCCCCCAAGGCCAACUACAUCUCAAGUACCGAGUCACAUGCCAUUGCCUGGACAUCAAGGAAUAGCAGGUUUCGGCGGCGGUGGUGCUGGUGCUGCCUUUGGUGGCUUAAAUUUGGACCAACAUCUGGGUGGCGGAUUCUCGGCUCCAGCUACUACAUUGCAGCCGUUCCCCUCUGCAGGAGGAAACCCUUUCGGAUGA